AUGAGAAUAGGAUUUGUGGCUCAAGAAGGUGGAACAUGGGUUCGAGGCAAAGUAAGCAAGAAACGAAAGACUGGAACUCCAGCCGAGCCAUCUUCCAUCCCUACUUCAUCAUCCACUAUUUCUGAUGACCUUCUUCAUGGUUUAGCGGAACUCAAGUCGGAAUUCUCAAGCUUCAUGAAAGAAGUUCGACAUGAGCUGAGGGAGCUUCAUAGUCGUCACGAUGAACUCUUUGACCUUAUCUCCUCUCAAUUUCCUGCCACUCCAUCAUCAUCAUCUUACCAGCCUGCAUUCAGAACCAUUAGAGAGUUGGCUGCACCUGAUGUGCAUUACCAGCCCCUAUGUAUUCAAUACCCACAGUUGGAUGCUAACUUUGAACUAAAAUCUGGACUAAUCCACUUGUUGCCCAAGUUUCAUGGUCUUGCAGGAGAGGAUCCACACAAGCAUCUGAAAGAAUUUCAUGUUGUUUGCUCAACCAUGCGGCCACAAGGAGUAGAUGAAGAGCAGAUCAAGCUGAGAGCCUUCCCAUUCUCACUUGAUGGAUCAGCCAAAGAUUGGCUCUACUACCUGCCACCAGCUGCCAUUACCAGCUGGGAUGGAUUGAAAAGGAUCUUCCUGGAAAAAUUCUUUCCAGCCUCCAGAACAGCAUCAAUAAGGAAGGAAAUUUGUGGUAUAAGGCAGAUGAGUGGUGAGACUCUACAUGAGUAUUGGGAGAGGUUCAAGAAGUUGUGUUCCAGCUGCCCUCACCAUCAGAUAAGUGACCAACUCCUAAUUCAAUAUCUCUAUGAAGGUCUAAUCCCCAUGGACAGGUACUUGGUAGAUGCUGCAAGUGGAGGAGCCUUGGCAGAGAAGACCCCAGCAGCUGCACAAGAGCUGAUAUCAAAGAUGGCACAAAAUGCCCAGCAGUUUGGCACCAGAAUUAACACUCCUACAAAACAAAAUUUGGAGACCCAAAUAGGCCAGCUAGCCACAAACAUCAAUGAGUUAAGGAGUCAAGGUUCGGGGCAGCUUCCUUCACAACCAGUUGCCAAUCCAAGGGGUAAUGUUAGUGCCAUCAUGCUUCGAAGUGGGAAAGAAGUGAUCAUCCCAACCCCUCCACCAUCAUCAAACAUGGAGCAACAUGUAGAGAAGCAAAAUGUAGAGGGUAGCAAAGAGCAGCAACCCUCCUCAGUCCAAGAAGCCAAGCAACCAAACUCCAGCUAUCAAGAACAAGGAGAGUCUUCCAACAUCCAGCCCCUGCCAUUCCCACAUCGAGCAACACAAAACAAGAAAAGAGCAGAGGCCGAAGUGGAUAAAGAGAUUCUGGAAACAUUCCAGAAAGUUGAAGUCAACAUCCCCCUCCUUGAAGCCAUUAGACAGAUCCCCAAGUAUGCAAAAUUUCUCAAGGAUUUGUGUACUCACAAGAGGAAGCUUAUGGGGAAUGAGAAGAUCAACCUUGGGAGAAAUGUCUCUGCCCUUAUCCAACCUGCCAUGCCAGCAAAGUGUAAAGAUCCAGGGAUGUUCUCCAUUCCUUGUACUAUAGGAGACAUGCAAUUUAGCAAUGCUUUACUAGAUUUAGGUGCAUCCAUUAAUGUCAUGCCUAACUCUAUUUAUGCUUCAUUGCAGUGUGGUCCUUUGAAGCCAACAGGAGUGGUUGUCCAACUAGCCAAUAGAAGUACUGCACACCCCACUGGAGUCCUAGAAGAUGUGCUGGUUAAGGUUAAGGAUUUAAUCUUUCCAGCAGAUUUUUAUGUUUUGAAUAUGGAAGAUAACAGCACACUUGAGCAUGCACCCUUGAUCCUAGGGAGACCAUUCUUAAAAACUGCUAGAACUAUUAUCAAUGUGCAUGAGGGUACACUUUCCAUGGAAUUUGCUGGUAACACAAUUAACUUCAAGAUACUUGAUGCCAUGAAAUUCCCUGCCGAGGAUCAUUCCACUUUUCAAGUAAAUAGAGUUGACCUGUUAGUGAAUGAAGCAUGU